AAUUAUUAGUAAUCAUACGUGACGCUCUAAUAUUUCAGCAAAUAUAUCUCCUUUAUAUAUAUACUAGAUAGAUUAGAUUCCCGUAUUUUCCUGCUCCAUCAAAUUCAUGCUCCCACCAUUCUACAAAUUCAUCUGGUGUCGCAACAGAAAAAUCCGUGAAUUUUAUUUCCAAAUCCGCGUAAUUUAAUCAAUUAGGGUUUUAACCGAUGUCGAGUAUGUUCGAGGAAUCCAUGAAAGCCGAAUCGAGCUCGAAUAACAACAACGAAGGAGGAGGAGGAGGAGCAAACAACGAUUCCGGUGAUUUCGAGUGUAAUAUAUGCUUCGAAUUAGCACAAGACCCAAUCGUAACCCUAUGUGGUCAUCUCUAUUGUUGGCCAUGUUUAUACAAAUGGCUUCGUUUCCACUCCCAAUCACACGAAUGCCCAGUUUGUAAAGCUCUGGUUCAAGAAGAUAAACUUGUCCCUCUCUAUGGUAGAGGCAAAUCGAAUACUGACCCUAGAUCGCGGCCAAUUCCCGGUGUUGAUAUCCCUAACCGCCCUUCCGGUCAACGCCCUGAAACCGCUCCGCCGCCGCCGGGGCCCGACCAGGGGUACUUGUCGAAUCUCGGGUUCGGGUUGUUUGGUGGGUUUAUGCCAAUGGCUACUGCUAGGAUUGGGAAUAUGACUAUGUCUGCUGGAUUUGGUGGACUUUUGCCUUCGUUGAUGAGUUUCCAGUUUAAUGGGUUUCCUCAUAAUCCAAUGUAUGGGACUGCACAUGGUUUUCCUUAUUAUCCACAGCCACCUGUUCAUGGGAUGCACCAUCAUCAUCAUAGUCAAGGGUAUGAUCACCGCGGUCCGGGUCUCCGGCAAGAUUCUCUGCUCAAGAAACUGUUUCUGGUGAUUGGGUUUUUUGUGUUGGUGGUGGUUCUAUCCGGGUAAAUUUGUUUAGCCUCUUAAAUUUAAUACCUUUUUUUCAAUCUUGUAUAAUUUUAUUUUAGCUCAAUUUGUGUGUUAUCUGAGGAAGUUGUCCAUAUAACAUAAUAAGAAGAUGCCUGUGAUCACUUCCUGUGAUUUUUCAUCAUUGUUGGAGUGUAACUAAUGGAUGUAUUUUUGUUUGUCUUUGUAGACAAAGAGUCAUAUAUGUUUUUGUUCUUGUCA